UUCAACUCUUAGCAAAAGAAAAACCCACAAAUCAAAAUUCGAAAUUCAAAAUGCAAAGCUGAAAAACCAACAACCCAAAUUUCUUAUUCUUCUUCCUCUCUCUCAUCUUUCAGUCUACUCUCACUAAAACCACCAUUUCUUGCACUCAUCCCCACAAUGAGACCUAGAGUACGUCCGCCAUUAACAGACAGGGAAUCUCUCCGACCACCAUCCACACCCCAAUUCGGUCGUGAUUCCGACGCCAGUUUCUGCAGUGGCCGUCCUUCUUCUUCUUCAUUCGGAAUCUCUAACACUGGUAGACAACUCACUGACAAACAAUCCAUGGUCAGAUCCAUUAACGCUUACCUUGCUUCUCAUAAUGUCUCUCUUUCUCUCUCUUUUAAACCCCUUCCUUCUGCUAAAGACGUUAGUGACACUCUACGCUUUCUUCUCUCUCGUCUCCAUUAUCCCUCUAAUCCUACCGCUAAGAAUUUUGAAGAUGAACUUUUUCUAUUGCUCAAAUAUCUUAAUUGCCCACAUAAGUUCACUAAAUCUGCUCUUAAAGCUCCUGCUGCUCCUCAUGCUUUUCCUCAGAUGCUUGCUGUUAUUCAUUGGCUUGUUCAACUUGCUCAUUACAUGGAUCAUCUUUCUUCUGAAGAUAAUGCCGCCAGGUUCUCAUUUUUGAAGGAUCCUCUCAUGGCUUAUGCUGUAAAUAGUUACUUACCCUACAUGAGGGGAGAUGAUGAGGCGGUUGAAUUGUUAGAUAAGGAAUUUUCGGAUAAAAUGGAGAAAGAGAAGGGUUUAUUGGAAUCAAAUUUGAAGGGGCUUGAUGAUGAAUCAAAGAAUCUAGAGUUGGAGCUUCAAAGGUUGAAAUCCCAACCUUCAGAGAAAGAGGUUUUUGAGAAACAAAGGAAGGAUCUUGAAGGUGAUUUAGGGAAGUUCGAUGGGUAUGUUGCUUCUCUUAAAGAUGCAAAUUCUAUCACCGAAAAGGCGUUGCAGGAGAAGGAAAAAGAGUUGGCUGCUAAGAUGGAUGAAAUUAGACGAACACGGGAAGAGAAUGAGGAGCUUAAGAAGAAGAUUGAGGCUCAAGGGAUUAACUUGAGGGAUGCGGAGAGGAUGAAAAGGGAACUAAUGGCUUUAGAGGAGGAGAUAAGCGAAGCUGAAGUUAGUAGAAGCUCGUGGGAGGAGAAGACUUGUCGGCUUGAUAUAGAUAUCAGGCAGAAGUUAAAGGAACUUGAGCUACUUUCCCUUGAGUGCAAUCAGGCUCUCAAAAGACUUAAACUUGGAGGUGAUUUUCAAUAUGUGUUGAACAUUGAAGGGUCAACUCCUGCAGAAGUAUUAGGCAUAGAUUAUAAAUCUACACUUAAGCCUGCAAUCAGCAUGUUUGCUGAUGAUAUUAAGCAAAGUACUACUGCGAAGUUAGAAGAGCUUAUUGCCCUUCAGCGGCAAUCUAAAGAAUUGACUUCCAGGCUUGAAGCAAAGAGAACUCGUGUUGCAGCACUUCAGUUGCAUAUUGAUGAAAGGGAACGGCAGUUUGAAAUGAUGAGAAAUCAAAUCAAGGAAUACACAUCCUGGUGUGAAAGUGAAGCUGAAAGGAUCAGAAGAGCAAUAGAGGCAGAGACAAAUAACCUUGAUAUCAUGGAAAGAGAAGCAGGUCAAACUUUGAAGGCUGCCGAGUUGAAGCUCCAUGAAGAAACAAAGCAAAGUGAGCAAGAAACCCAAUACUGUGCAUACGAGUUAUUUCAACUGAUUGAUUCCGUUUCAAGUUGCAAGGAGUACACAGAAAAGAAGAUUUCAGACAUGAAAAACGAUCUCAUACAAGCUGCAGAAUUUAUGUCAAAAUCUUACGCGAACACCUUGCUUCCCGCCUUUAAUACUGUUUGAGGCUUUCAGCCAAAACACUUAUCAACAAAAAUUGCUUUUGAAUCCAUCCUUCUUGUCGACCGAUCUUCCCUGGCUUUGUCGCUUUUCAGGUACUUGGAACUUACAAGUAUAUUUUCAGACCGCUUUUGUAAAUUAAUGAAAACGAAGUGUUUGUUGCAGGUCAUGAUUUUGUUGAUCAAUCGUGCCAUUUUUUCGUGUUUUUUCGUUCCAGCAUUAAAGCUUAAUGCUGGUAAGCGUUGUGUUACAGAUAAUCAUGGUGCGGUUUAGUACAGCUUAAAACCAUCGAAGUUUAUUUUACCAUUUGGUUUCUUACUGAAACCAACGUGUUAGUACCCAAAUUGGAUUAGACCAAACUGUACAAUUCGAAAAACAAAACGACAUGAGUGUAAUCAUUUAAUCGAAGUAUUUGUACAAUAAAAA